UUUCCAAACACCGUCGUCGUGCACAUUUCUCUUUGAUGUUGCGCUGUUAUCGUUGGUAUUAAUUGAUGAUUUCUGUUUCAGGUUUGUGCAACAUGUCAAGGUUGUUCGCGUGGCGGCGUUAAAGACAGUGCUAGCUACUUUUAGAGAUUGACUGAAAUGCGGAUAGGUGUGACUUCGAGUGGGUGUAUAUAAAAACGAUGCAUGGUGUGUGAGGUCGGGUCUGCGGUCAUGGACAUGAGCGGAGAGGGUGGAGGCGCGGCCGCGGGGGCGGGGGCGCUUCAGCAGCGGUGGUACGAGAGCCGCGUGAACGGCAGCCCCGCCGCCGGCGACGUCAACGAGCCCAACGGGGACUUUUUCCACUCGCCGCUAGAGGGCGGUCACCAUAGUCGCGCUCGCUAUUACCAUCAGCAGAUGCACGCUCCAUACUCAGCCGCUGUCAGCUCGCAUGGUCGGACGCUGAGCGGCGGGAGCGGGCAGGUGUGCAGGCCCCACUUCCACACCCCGUUGCACCCGUGGCUGGAGUCGAAGGCGUUAGGUGGCGGUGCGUGGGGCAGCGGCUUCCAACAAGACGGUGCUCCAGCUGACAAGCCGCUGUCCCCCGCGCAACAUCACCAUCCCCACCCUUUAUUCUCCUUCCCUCCGACGCCGCCAAAGGACUCCACACCGGAUUCCGUGGCAGCGGCUGCUUUAGGACAACAGGACUACCAAGCGGCGGUGGCACACGCGACUGCCAUGAGCGUCGCUUUCAUGCAGCAACAGGAGCUGCCGCUUUGUGGUGACGUCAAACCUAUGAUGGGGGCACCCCCGUCGAAGCAACGCGAAGGUGCGCAGCAGGACUCGUGCCCCCAGGAGUCGAGCCAGCCCUCCGGGGAAUACAACGCACAAUACAACGCCGCCGGCGGCGACUACUACAACUACCAGGGGAAAGGGUUUAGUGGGGCGCAGCAGCAGAAUAAGCCGCGACCUAACAAGACGCGGACGAGCGCCGAGGGUCGCGAGUGCGUGAACUGCGGUGCUACGAGCACACCUCUGUGGCGGCGUGAUGGCACCGGUCAUUAUCUAUGCAACGCCUGCGGCCUCUACUACAAGAUGAACGGUCAAAACCGUCCGCUCAUCAAGCCCAAGCGAAGAUUGUCGCUGCAGAGUGCGGCGCGACGGGCCGGUACCUCGUGUGCGAACUGUAAGACCACCACAACCACGCUAUGGAGGCGCAACCAGAACGGAGAGCCAGUCUGCAAUGCAUGCGGACUGUACUACAAAUUACAUAAUGUGAACCGGCCACUAACAAUGAAAAAAGAAGGUAUUCAGACAAGAAAUCGCAAGCUUAGCAGUAAAAGUAAGAAGAAAAAAGGGGGCAUGGGAAUGGGAGGAGGUGGGGCGUGUGCACUUGCCCUUGGCGGCGUCAUGGGUGACAUGAUCAAGCCACUAGGAGACGCUACCAAGAGCUUCGGUGGGUCUGCUUUCCCAUCGGCCAUGGACUUCGGUCAACACCAAGUGGGUUUGGUUCAUCCGGCGGCGGCGCAUAUGUCCCACUGGUACGGUGCCCCACACCAAGGUUUUGCGCCUCCACCGGCAUCCCACAAUCCAUACCAUCACCAUCACCUCGCGCAACUAAAUUCCAUGACCGGUUGGAGGAGUGAGUAUACGUGAUAAGUCAACUAAACAAGAAUGAGUCCUUACAGGAUCUACGUUAGAUGUCGUUGAAAAUAAACCAUGACACCGUCCACUACAGGACAGGUUCCAGUGAGCCUCAGAAAGCGAGAGGCAAUGCGGAAAACAGAUGCUGUGAUCCCAGUUAAUAAAUUGUUUGUAUUACAGGGUGCGAUCUGGCAAUGAAGACGGUAAAGCGGGAAAAAUAAAAAAAAAUAGAAAGGCACAAAGUCUGUUUACCAAGGCCUUUUAUAUUUAAAAAAGUAUUGAGCUUUUGGUCAUAUUUCGCGCCAAUACUUUGAGCACCGUUUUCAUAUCUAGAUUGUUUUAGAAUGUACACUCUAAUGAAAAUAUUCAUAUUACUUUGACACAUCAUGUAAUUGCAAGACUGUAAAACAGAAUUGAUGUUUCUACAUUUUUAUCAGCAAAGAUACAGUUUAGAAUAGAUUGAACAUAUCUCAAAAACGCACCUCAUCCCAGUGAAAUUCCCAAGACUUUGAUAUGCCGUGAUCAGUUUCCUAUAAGUGUUACGAGUGUUUUACACGAAGAAGUAAUUAGCGAAAUUGUACAGUAUUAUAUUAUAGUUAUUAAGUCGAUAUUACGAUACUUAAUUAUAGUUCAAAAACAAUUUGUGUAUUUUGUACAUAUCUUUUUUAAGUUAUAUUAUUCCGUUCCUGUAUAAAAAAAGCUGUCUUUUUUAAUUAUUUAAUUUGAACGGUUCAGUUCGCUAUAGGAAUUGUGAUGUGUUCAGAGAAAUUAUUUUCCAGAGAUAAUUUGUUUUUUUUUUUCUUUUUGUACAUUUUAAUUUGUGUAGAUGAUAUUGAAUGAAAUGCAAUAGUAAUUUAUGUAAUAGUUAUAAAAUCAUGAGGAAUGUAAAUAAUUUAAUAAAGAAAGCUGUUUUUAAUAGUUACAUUGUUCUGAACUGAUAAUUGUGGAUAUCGAGAGGAUUUUAUUAUUUUUUAUUUAUGUUUGUAUAUGAAUAUUCCCCCCUACGUAAAUUUAAGAGAACAGGUCACUUAUUUGGUUUAUAAUUUAGUAUAUAUCGCAACAUAUUUUUUAAUAAAAGUAUUCAAAAUUGUAUUAUUUACUGAUGUAAAUUUAAGAUACUUGUGGCCAUAAAUUAUACUGUGAGAUCUCGUUUGUGAAUAAGGUAAUAAUUAUAAUAAGCAUACGUUUUUCUAAAUUAAGCUUUACAAUAUUCGCAAACAAGAUCUCUGGACCCCAAAAUGUAUAUAUGUCAUGUAAAUGAGCGCUGUAGAAAAUAAAUGAAGGAAUCAUUAUAAGACUAUCAGAAUAAAAAUGUAAAUUAGCGAUCAAUACAAAAAAAAGCCUAUAACGAUAUCCCGUACCUAAAAUUUUUAGUUU